UCAAGAAGGAGGAAGUGGCACACAGUCGCUGUUACAGAGAGGAGAAAUGGCUGAGAAAGGAGUUCAGUUGGACCGAGAAACAAUCUCUUGUUCCAUCUGUCUGGAUCUACUGAAGGAUCCGGUGACUCUUUCCUGUGGACACAGCUACUGCAUGAAGUGUAUUAAAGCCCACUGGGAUGGAGAGGAUAAGAAGAGAAUCUACAGCUGCCCUCAGUGCAGGAAGAUCUUCACACCGAGACCUGUCCUGGAGAAAAACAUCAUGUUAGCAGUUUUAGUGGAGGAGCUGAAGAAGACUGGACUCCAAGCUGCUGCUGCUGAUCACUGCUAUGCUGGAGAUGAAGACGUGUCCUGUGAUGUCUGCACUGGGAGGAAACUGAAAGCCUCCAAGUCCUGUUUAGUCUGUCUGGCCUCUUUCUGUGAGAAACACCUUCAGCCCCACUAUGAUUCACCUCCAUUAAAGAAACACAAGCUGGUGGAGCCCUCCAAGAAGCUCCAGAAGAACAUCUGUUCUCAUUAUGACAAGGAGAUGGAAAUUUUCUGUCGCACUGAUCAGCAGUCUAUCUGUUAUCUCUGCUCUGUGGAUGAACAUAAAGGCCACGACACAGUCUCAGCUGCAGCAGAAAGGACAGAGAGUCAGAGAGAGCUGGAGGUGAGUCGACAAAACAUCCAGCAGAGAAUCCAGGACAGAGAGAAAGAUGUGAAGCUGCUCCAACAGCAGAUGGAGGCCAUCAAUGGCUCUGCUGAUAAAGCAGUGAAGGACAGUGAGGAGAUGUUCACCCACAUCAUCCAUCUGAUCCAGAAAACAAGCCGAGAUGUGGAGCAGCAGAUCAGAUCCCAGCAGGAGACUGAAGUGAGUGGAGUGAAAGAGCUGAAGGAGAAGCUGGAGCAGGAGAUCAGAGAUCUGAAGAGGAAAGACGCUGAGCAGAAGCAGCUCUCACACACAGAGGAUCACAACCAGUUUCUCCACAACGACCCCUCAGUGUCAGCACUCAGUGAGUCCACACAUUCAUCCAGCAUCAACAUCCGUCCUCUGAGACACUUUGAGGAGGUGACAGCAGCUGUGUCAAAGCUCAGAGAUCAUCUACAGGACAUUGUGAGGGACACAUGGACAAACAUCUCACUGACAGGAACUCAACUGGAUGUUUCACUGUCAGAUUCACAAGCAGAGCCAAAGACCAGAGCUGGAUUCUUGAAAUAUUCACGUCAAAUCACUCUGGAUCCAAACACAGCACACAGAAACCUGUUAUUAUCUGAAAGAAACAGAAAAGCAACAUAUAUGGAUCAACAACAGUCUUAUUCUGAUCAUCCAGACAGAUUCACUGGAUGGUGGCAGGUCCUGAGUAGAGAGAGUCUGACUGGACGUUGUUACUGGGAGGUGGAGUGGAGAGGAAGAACAGUUUAUGUAGCAGUCGCAUACAAGAAUAUCAGCAGAGCAGGAAUUGGGACUGAAUGUGGAUUUGGACGUAAUGACAAAUCCUGGGCAUUACAUUGUUUCCAAAACAAUUAUACAUUUUGGUCUAACAACAUCCAAACUCCCGUCUCAGGUCCUCUGUCCUCCAGAGUUGGAGUGUACCUGGAUCACAGUGCAGGUAUUCUGUCCUUCUACAGCGUCUCUGAAACCAUGACUCUCCUCCACAGAGUCCAGACCACAUUCACUCAGCAGAUACAUGCUGGACUUGGAGUUUAUGGUACUGGAACAAGUGCUGAGUUGUGUAAAUUGAAGUAGACAGAGGUGACUGAAGGUGCAGUGAGUCUGAUUGUGUCUUUGAUUCUUUGACUCAUUUAGUCUCCAUCAUUGUUGCUCACAGCUCAUUGUUGUUUUAUUUCUACACUGCACAGAGAUCAACUGUCAACCAAACAGUGACUGUCAGCACUCGUUUAUCUUCUCAUUUCUUCUUCUGCUCAUCUUUCACUUUCCAGCCCAGAUGUAGUUUUUGCUCUCAGUCAGUAAAGAGGAUUUAUUCCAACAGGACCAACAAGUGGAAACUGUGAUUUGAUCCAGUUUGGGUGUGAAGACGUUUUGUUGAGUCCUGACACACAUCAGACAACAGAUGUUGCAUCGUUGUGGACUUGAGAUGGUUUCAUGUAUUGUGAUAUUGAUUUUCAUGAAAGUGAAACUUCACCAUGAGGCUGUGGUGUUGGUUCAGUGUGAAAGCAGCAACAUGUUGAGUCUGAUUUUAAAGCAUGAGGACACAAUAAGUGAUGUUUGAUGGAGGUUUAUAGUUUAUCCUUGUCAGUUUCAAACAUGAAAUCAUAAAAUUCACGUCAUUCUUUACAUUUCACUGUAAAUAUUUCCACGUUUUCACAUUUAACCUUCUCAGAAACUAUUUAUAUCCUUAAAACUGCAUGAAAAUGUAACAAUAUCUGAUGUGUUUCUGAGUUUUGUCUUUGCUUUUCUUUGCUUUGAAUGAUCAGGAAAAUACUCAUUCUUUUUACUUUUUUUUACAUCAAUAGUUUUGUCUUCUUGCUUAGCAGUAACAGCUAGCUAAAUAUCUAGCUUCUACUCCUGAGAAAAGGAUAACAUUAGCAUGGAUUAGCAACCCUGUUGCUGUAAUCAGAGUAGGGUUAGCAAACAACACAUAAAACAUGGAAUUAUAACCGUACCAUUGAUAUGUAAGCUGAGCCAAUCAAGCCUUUGAGAGUUUAUUUCCUAUUAUUGAUGAAUAUGGAGCAGAAAAUUGGAAAAGAGAAGGUUUAGUUUCCAAAGAAUUUGAAGCCCAAAUGUCAUACAAUUCUGGAAUGACCCUUUUCAACUCCGAGUCAUUGAGUGAAGAUUUGUUGUUUUGCCAGUACAUCAAAGACAGAGCAACAGCUGAUGAGCUCUUCAAUACUCUUGAGAGUGAGCUGACAGAACUUGGACUGAAAUGGGAUAACUGUGUGGGAUUUUGCUCAGAUGGCACACAGACCAUGGCAGGAGAAAGACUGCACUGCGGUCACUUCUCGCCAAAUGCGCAAUGGACUGCAUUGCAUCAUUCAUAGAGAGUGUCGAGACAGUUUAGCCCUGAGCUAAAUGAGGUUUUGACCGAAGUUAUUUGUGUGAUCAACUUCAUUAAAAUCUGAACCUUCAGUGUGCACCUGUUCUUUGCAUUUUGUGAGGAGAUGGGAGCUAAACAUUCUGCUGUUUCACAGCGAGGCAAGGUGGCUCUCACGAGGGAAGAUGUCAUCGCAAGUCUUUGAACUCAGAGAGGAGAUUUGGGUGUUCUUGGAGGAGAGCUAGCACAAAGCUGCAAGCAAAUUCAGUGAUGAACAGUUCCUGAUGAAUCUCAGUGAUGUAUUUGGAAAACUGAAUGAAUGAAAUAUUCAGCUUCAAGGCAAAGACAAGGACCCACCUGACCUGGCACACAACAUCAGUGCAUUCACUGGAAAGCUGGAGGCGUGGUGCAGGCGCUUUGAUCAAGGAAAUACUGAUUCCUUUGAGAAUGUGACAGAAUUCGUUGAGAGCAGUGAUUGUGAAGUCAUCACAUUGAUCCCAUCUCAAGCAACACAUCUCUUCACUGAGAGGAUUUUUCCAGAAAUACUUCCCAAACAACAGUUUUCAGUAUGACUGGGUGAUAGAUCCAUUCAAUGCAGCAGAUGAAGUGUCUUUCUGCAGCACCUGCCGAUUUCAGCUCUGCUGAACAAGAACGACUUGUUGAGAUGACAUCUGACUCCACCCUGAAGUUGAAGGUUUAAAGUUCAGACACUGAGUGCAUUCUGGCUUGGUGUGGAGAGGGAUCAUCCACUCAUAGGGAGAGAGCGGUGGCCAUCCUUCUUCCCUUUGCCACAUGUCAAGUGUAGUUAAGAUUUGAGAUCCCAGGAGCAGCCAUUAAAGCGGGAUUCUGGUAUGGAAUGAGCAGAAAACAGGACUGUAUGUUAGAAAGUACUAUAACCUAAUGAUUAUAUGCUUUAUUUUGAGUUAAGUAUCCUGAUAUUGAAUGAUUCAAAAUGAUCCUGUCUGACCAAGUAAAGUUUAACUGCAUAGCUGGAAAAGGAAUGUGGUAAACAGGAUGUAACUACGAGGCCUCAAAACCGCUGCAUUUUCUCACAAGGAGUUGUUUUUCAGUAUUAGAAAUCACAAUUCAUCAUGACUCUAGAAAUGGCAAGUUAUCAUGAUUGAGCUAAAAGUAAUGUGUAUAAGUGGGGAGGUGGGGAUGUGUGUAAUCCAUGUGUGUCUAUGGGGAUGUUAGUGAAGUAUGCAAAUGCAUGACAGACAUUUUAGAUGGAGUUCUUUGCAGGACGUCUCUGGAGUGGGAUCUUUAUACUUUGCAACAAGAGAAGCCCUGAUCGGUCUGCAAUUUUGCUCAGGAGGAGCAAAGGAAUAUUUUCUUUGCCCUGUUUGAAGUAAACAGAAGAUGGAUCCAUUCACCCCUACCCUUUUGGAAAGGGAUAAAGGAUUGUUCCUAGACUGUACGAUUAGACUAACAAGGAUAUCACAACCUACCCUUCUGGAAUUAUAAAUAUGGAUUUUACCUAUUCUAACCAAAUGGAAAAAGGAUAUUUGUGGACUUCAUCAGAACUGGGACUCCUCUACCCCACUGAACAAAGGAGAGUCUUUGCUUUGGGGAGCUGGGCCCUGUGUUGGGUUCCCUAACCACUGCAGGAGGGUCUCCAUGUGUUAGAUCAGGACUGAAGUUGCCAACUUAGGCCAAGCUGUCUACUCUCUCUGGAUUAUACUAUCAGACAAAUUGUUUAGAAAAGUUCAAUUCCAUUUUAUUAACCAAACUGAUUUACUCGGAUCAUGUUUUGAGAAAUAUUCGUAAUUUAGAAUCGUUGCUGUGCUCCUGCUAAAAUAUUAAAAUAAACAUUUAUUCUGCAUUUAAA